CUCCGCCCCUGGUCGGGUCGGCAGCUCAGGGUAGAGCGGCGGAGGGAGCGAGCGGAGCGCCGAGUGCAGCGGGAGGGUAGAUAGAUCUGUAAGUGAGAGAAGAUGGGGUCUGGCUGCCUGAAAGUCACCAAGUACUUCCUGUUCCUCUUCAAUCUCCUGUUCCUUAUUCUGGGUGCUGUGAUCCUGGGUUUUGGAAUAUGGAUUUUGGCCGACAAAACCAGCUUCAUUUCAGUUCUGCAGACCUCAUCUCCCUCUGUGAGGACUGGCGCAUACAUCCUGGUCGGUGUUGGGUCUCUCACUAUGCUGAUGGGAUUCCUGGGCUGUCUUGGAGCAGUCAAUGAAAUCCGAUGUCUCUUGGGUCUGUACUUUACCUGCCUCAUGCUGAUUCUCAUAACUCAGGUGGCUGCAGGACUGGUCAUCUAUUUCCAGCAAGAAGAACUGAAAGGAGAGUUGUCACGCAUAGUUGAAAAACUGAUUGAAGAUUAUGACCCUGUGAAUGGUGAAGAUAAGAACUUACAAGAUGCGUGGGACUACGUGCAGAAACAGCUUACCUGCUGUGGCUGGAAUGGAGCAGAGGAGUGGGAAAAAAAUAACAUUCUUAUCAACAGAAGCUUGACUGCGUAUCCCUGCUCCUGCUCCAAUAGUUCCAAGGAUGCUGAGGAAAAUACAGGCUUAUGUAGUCUGGAUGUUGGGGUGAAUGGUACUGCAACAUACGCUGACUGGCCUGUUCACAAGCAGGGUUGUGUGGAUGGGGUACAGGAUUGGUUGAAGGACAACCUUGGUAUCAUUCUUGGGGUCUGCACAGGUGUUGCUGUUGUAGAGUUGCUGGGGAUGAUACUGUCCAUUUCACUCUGCAAGAACAUACACAGUGAAGACUACACCAAAGUGCCCAAGUCUUGAGUUUUUUGACUCCAGAACUACGGCACCACUGAGAAAGGAGCAAACAGAACAUUCCUGCCUCGUACCCAGACUGUCCAACCAUUGACCAUUACUCCUGUGACAUCCUAUUUCUGAUACCACUCUGCUAAGAACUAUUAGAGUUGCAAUACAGCCUGAUUUUCUGGCAAUAGAGCCGUUGGGCUACCUGCACAUCCUGCCUCUGGAUUAUUUCUUCUUCAAGAAGCAGAAACUUAACUGUCCUGCAUCACGAGACACCUUUUGCCACCUGCCCCACAUCCUAUUCAUAUCUCAAUUCUACAACCCACUGGGCCUAAUGUACAAUAACUGUUCCUCCCUCCUGUUCUCCCACAUCUUUCCCUUGGCCUCCAAAAGAAACACCAACUUCCUGUCCCAUGAAUCAGAACUGCUGUCAAGAUGCCAGUGCUUUGGUAGCCUCACCUACUUACUGAUGUGGUGGUAACUAGUUAUGCUUUACAGGCCUUGCAAUUAACCUGAUUCUUCUUCUGCUAUGCAUCUUCUAGCCUAGACUCUCAUCUGAACUACUGAGCUCUACCUUCAUCGUUUCUCCUGCAUCUGGAGUCAGUCAAGCCUUGCCUUCAGUGGAGCUCUUCCCUUUGAGUGUGACAAGAAGCCACUGGGAGGGAGCCAGGUCAACCUGUCAUAGUGUGGUCUGGCAGAUUUUGGUUGUGGUGCUCACCUGCUUUUGGAAUAGGUUGCUUGGGUUCUGGAUCUGGUGGUUGCAUGUUCUUCUAUUCCUUUUCCUUCAUCCCUGCACUAGUUUUCUGGCUCUUUUCAGCUCUUCAGAGACUGCUGCAUAGUGUGGACUCAGCCCCAGGCUGGCUGUGUUGAUUGCAUUGGGUUGCCAACUUUCAUACAAAAGUUGUGAUUAACUGGAUUCUUCCCCUGCCCCCACUGUGAACAUAAAAUAUUAACGGUGGUUUUUAGUAAUGAGUAUGGAAGGAUCUGACUUAAUUGCAGGCACUGCGUGUUGGAGAUAUCCCUGCUACCAGUGCCCAGUUUAGUUUUUGUAGUUUAGGUGCAAGGAUUAAACUGCUUUUAUUUUCAUUCGUUCCAAUCUGACUCCACUGUGGUCUGGAGCCAUGGCUGCUGGUGACUGGUCUUGAGUGUAAGCACUGCAGCAGAGAAAUAGCUGGUUUUGCACUUGCACAGGCUGAGUGGUUUGUGUAUUUUAUGGCUGGGAUGUUUGCUCUGUUCAGCCAUUGGCCAGCAGCAAAGAGUGAUGUAGAGCCCAAGAAAGCAAGGAAUGUGGGUGGAAAAACCUCCCAACUUUCUAGAUAACAGAGCCGGGUAGAAACCUUCAGUCCUAGAGGUAGUCUGGGCACAACAGAUUUCCUGCUGCUGCAUUUGCAUUCUAGUUACCCUGGAAGUAGGAAGCAGUCUGGGAGAGAAGUGGACGGUCCUUGUCUGAGCCUUGAUACAAGGUACUUGGUUGAGGGAACCUUUGCCUUACAGAAGUGGUCCCAGACCGUCAGUCCUAUUCUUGCUGGAUGGAGUUGGUAGGAUAGUAGCUAGCUGUUCAAAGGCGUGACUUCGCUACCUACUCAACUUUUCUUCUGGCGAGAAAGGCCCAUGCAGAGGAGCAGGGCCCCAGCAGUGGGUCCCUGCUGUGUCCUCCUACAUGGAUUCAACAGUGACUGGGGAAAGUAGAUAUGACUGGACAACUGAUUUUUAUGGAGGUCUGAUGAGGCUUUGCUAUUUUGAGACCCCUGCCCUCUCUUAUGCAGAUCCUUCAAGCUGACCUUUGCUAUAGCAGAAGGCACCUUCUUAGCAGCAGAGCUUGCUAGCUUUCACAGUACAAAGUCUAUUCUCUAACAUGUUCUUACUUGUAAGAUUCUUGUUUGAUUACAGAUGCCAAUGCUGAGCAGCAAGUAAAAAGGGGCCCAUGAUGGGUUUCCUCUUUAAUUGUUUUUUUUUGGUUUUUUUUUUUGUUUUUCCUGUUUUUAGCAACAUCUUCCCACUGGAAGAAAUGCAUGUACAGAUAUAAAAGUCUAGAGAGUGAAUAUUUCUGUAAUAAAGACUUUGCUAAAAAAAAAUA